AUGCAAGGCGCGAAAUUACUUGAUAUAUUUAUUUUCUUUUCUUUAAAUGGGAAUUCUAUUUCGUAUCUUCCUUCGGGUGUUCGGGUUACAGAUUUUUUAAAUAAUUCUAACGCGUUUUUAUCAUCCUCGUUUAAUGGGUUGUCAGUAAUACCAAAAGAUUCUAACUCCCAAAAUUUUUCUACAUUUUCCAUCGAAAAAAUUUUUGAUUCAUUUAAGUUUAGGCUAAUUACACCUCUACCCGAAAGAACUUUUCCUAGUUUUGUUUGUAUUACAGAAAAUCCAUUUUGAAGUCUUUCAUAUCCCAUUAUUUUAUUAUAAACGUUUGUGCCAAUCAAUAUUUCGGGUGUAACUUCUUCCACAAAUUCAUAGGGAAUUCUAUUUUCAUUUAAUUUAUCUAAGCCUAUUUUUUCCACAAAAAUUGUUUUUAAUUUUUCAACAAAACUUUCAUCGACUCCUCUUGCUCGGACCUUUAUUGAUUCAUUAUUUAUACACUUAAUUUCA